CUUUAAAUACCAAAAACUCAUAAUCGCAUCCUCACUUAAAACACCACCGCAUCUCAUCGCCACCGUGUCGGCGACUGAGUUCCGGCGAUUUCCCAACUCGGAACUCACUCCAUUUCUCCAUUCAUUUCAAUUUUCUGUUGUUCUCUUAACCUCACAAAAUAAAACAAACUCUCUCAGUCUUCUUUCUGGCUCAGAUAGGAAGAAGCAAAAUCUAAACAAAAUGAGUUCAGAAUUGAUUUUCAGAGGACACGAAACUCAACAAGUGAACGACGAAUACUCACCUAAGCCAAACAAACCAUGGCUCUCGGUAAUUCGUCCGAUUCGUUACAUGCUUCUUGAACAGCGAAUCGUUUUCGUAUUAAUCGGAAUCGUCAUAGCAACGCUAUUCUUCACACUCGUACCUAAUUCAUCUUCAAACUCUUCCUCUUCUGCCUUCUCCACCGUUCAUUACGACGCGCAUCCGAUCUCGUACUUCGAGCAUGAAUCGAAGAAUACGCCGUACCAGCAACGCGCCGCGGUGGUGCAUUCGUUCGGGAAGAUACCGCUGGGGAUUAAGAGAAAGGGGCUUCGGAUCGUGGUGACCGGUGGAGCCGGUUUCGUUGGGUCCCAUCUUGUGGAUCGGUUGAUUGCGAGAGGUGAUAGUGUGAUUGUUGUUGAUAAUUUCUUCACUGGUAGAAAAGAGAAUGUUAUGCAUCAUUUCGGUAACCCUCGAUUUGAGCUUAUACGACACGACGUCGUUGAGCCACUUUUGCUUGAAGUUGAUCAGAUCUAUCAUUUAGCUUGUCCUGCUUCUCCUGUUCAUUAUAAGUUCAACCCUGUUAAGACUAUUAAGACUAAUGUGGUGGGAACAUUGAACAUGCUUGGUUUGGCUAAGAGAGUUGGAGCUAGGUUCUUGCUAACAAGUACUAGUGAAGUUUAUGGUGAUCCUCUACAGCAUCCUCAGAAGGAGACUUACUGGGGAAACGUUAAUCCCAUUGGUGUGCGAAGUUGCUACGAUGAGGGAAAGCGUACAGCUGAGACAUUGACUAUGGAUUACCACCGCGGGGCCGGUGUGGAGGUUAGAAUUGCUAGAAUCUUUAACACCUACGGUCCCCGAAUGUGCUUAGAUGAUGGCCGUGUCGUUAGUAACUUCGUUGCUCAGGCAUUGAGGAAGGAGCCUUUGACAGUUUAUGGGGAUGGGAAGCAGACAAGGAGUUUCCAGUAUGUCUCUGACUUGGUGGAGGGUCUAAUGCGUCUUAUGGAAGGGGAACAUGUGGGACCUUUCAACCUUGGAAAUCCUGGUGAAUUCACCAUGCUUGAACUUGCCAAGGUGGUCCAAGAAACAAUCGACCCAGAUGCCAAAAUAGAGUACAGGCCCAACACAGAGGAUGACCCACACAAGAGAAAGCCUGAUAUAACUAAGGCUAAGGAGCAGCUUGGCUGGGAACCCAAGGUAGACCUGCACAAGGGCCUCCCACUAAUGGUUUCUGACUUCCGGCAACGCAUUUUUGGUGACCAUAAGGAAGGUGGAACUGUGGCCUAAUAAUUCUUGAUGGGGUUAAAUGUUAUUGUUGUUAUGUGUACCUUAAGAGUGAGAAAGGGAAAAUAUGUAGUACGCGAGGAUAACAACAGUUUAGGGUUUUUCCCAUUAGUCACAGUAGCAUAUGAGAUAUUCUUAAGUGUCCUUUUUGUUGUUUCUUUUCAGUCAAUCUUCUUAUGAGGAAGGGUUAUGUACCUUCUUUCAAGAUUGAUUAAUAGCCAGCCAUGAUUUCAUUUUAUCAGUUUCCUGCCAUCUUAUAUAUUCUAUUUCUAUACUAGUAUUUUUUUUUUGGAUGUAAUUGGUAUGUACAAGUGACUACAGUUAUAGUUAUUUCUACAUUUUACUUUAUUUUAUUUUA